GCUUCAGACUUUUGUUGAUGCCUCGUCAGGGAGUCAGCCUGACCUGAACCAAGUGUUACCUUUGGCCAGCCUGGAGUGCUCCUCCACUAAAACCUACAGCCUGGCUGUCGUGGGGCUGGAUGCCUACAGGUGUAACCAGAAGCAGAAUGGGUGGCAGGCACUGAGCCCCGGAAAGCGGAAUCCCAGAUCCCAGCCUGGCCCAGAGCUGUUCAUGACUCAGCAGGAAAUACUGGAGGCACAGGUGGUGCUCCAGCUCUGGGGUAACAUUGAUGUACAGCUCCUAGACACAUGGCAGGAAUUUGGUGAGCACGUCUCUGCGCUGACUAAGGCAAUAGCAAGGCGCCCAUACAAGAGUCAGCUGGAGAUGCAAGAGUUGUCUUUCUGCACUGCUGGGGUCUCGGGCAAGGGGUUGCGAGUGGAGAAGGAUGGUGCAGGGCUAUGGCAGGUCUGGAAGAGACAAAUCCAGCAGUUUAACAGAGUCAGCCCUGCAACAGCAGCAGCAAUAGCAGAAGCAUAUCCUUCCCCUGGCCUCCUGGUACAGGCCUACGAAGAAUGCAGCACAGAAGAUGAGAGACUACUGCUGCUGAGUAACAUCCCUGUGAAAUCAGACAUCAGUGGGAAAGACCACCGUGUUGGGCCAGACUUAUCCCGCCGCAUCUAUCUCUUCAUGGUUUCCACCAACCCCGACCUUAUCCUGGACCUGACUGUAUAGUGGGACCAGGAACCACGUCAGUCGGCCUCAAUAUUUUCUUCUACUGAACUCAGCAGUUGCUGAGCUGCCUCUGGCAUGGCAGUGCUGCUGGGAGCCUAGCCUGUGGAAGCAGCUGGUUCUGUUUCAAAAUAGACUUGCACAUCAAUAAAUCUCUUGUUAUAGAUGCUUUCUUCA